AUGUCUAAUUCUACCGCUUUCUCCAUUGCAUAUACCGAGGCCCAGCGACGUUUUGACCAUCUUGCACAUACACUGAAUGGAGAAACUUGGGAGAAAUUAGAAAAGCGGCUUUUCAUCCAAAGGACCUGUAAAGAGGUUGUGUCUUUUGUCGAGGUUGUUUGCGAUCACACUGCACGCUUGGUCCCUCCAGUCAUCCUGGGCAGACACAAUGUUAUUUAUCGAAUGCACUGCGAUGGAGAUGCCUUCGAUAUUGCUGUUCGGCAACCACGCCCCGAUUUGGGACAGUUCUGGGGAGAAAAGGCUCUCCAUGAAGCUACAACCAUAUCUUACCUCGCUCAAAAGAGUGAUGUACAAGUUCCGUACCUCUUCUUUCACGCUCCGUCAUCAUAUAUCGGACCGGCUAUGAUCUUAUUAUUCGUGAAAAGCGAGCGGAGCAUGUCAGACGCUCUCUCGAGCCCUGGCCGGGAUCUGGAGGAGGUGCCAGUUCUGGACCCAGAGAUACCUGAAGAGGAUCUGAGGAUCCUUUACGGGAAGAUGGCUGGGCUUCUGAUCAAGCUCUUCAAGCCAACCCGGCAUAGGAUCGGGUCAUUGCUCGAAGUUAAUGACAAGUUUUCAGUGGCUGGUCGACCGAUCACCCAAAAUAUGUACGACAUGGUAUUCAAGGCUUCUAUUCCAGAAUCAGUUCUUCCUUCAUCGAACCAGGUGUAUCGCAGUGCCGAUGGAUGGUACGCCGCUUCGGCAGCUAUGCACAUGGCUCAGUUACUUUUCCAGGUUCACGAUAUUGUUGACUCGGAGGAUGAAUGCCGAAACAAGUAUGUUGCACGAUACUUGUUUCAUUCACUCGCAAAGAAUGGUCAUCUAUCUUCUUUUGGAUUUCUUGAGGAUACUUGGUCAGCCCAGUCUCAGUCUUUGGAAUUGUCGUGCUCAAUGCCAUAUGGAUUUGACUCUUUUCGGCUUUGGUGCGACGAGCUGAGGCCCCAUAACGUUCUUUUGAACAAGCACGACAAUAUCGCGGCAGCUCUUGACUGGGAGUUCGCAUAUUUUGCCCCUACACAAUUCAGCCUCGAUCCGCCCUGGUGGCUAUUGCUGCAGCCUCCAGAGCUGUGGAUGUCUGGAAUCGAUGAUUGGUCCCAAGUCUACGAAGCCAGACUCGAGACCUGGCUACUUUCAAUGGAAGAUCAGGAACGGGGAGAGGAAAUCAACUUCCCGGCACACCUUUCAGCAUAUAUGCGGGAGAGCUGGUUGAGUGGUCGCUUCUGGCUUACUUAUGCUACGAGAAAGAGUUGGGCAUUCGAUACAAUAUUCUGGAAGUACUUGGAUGAGAGGUUCUUUGGGUCAAGAGAUGGCGAUACACAAGAAUCUCAGUUCUGGAGGGCAAGGGUUCAUCUUCUAGGGGAGGAGGCACAAAGGGUUAUGGCAAUGGUCGUGGAAAGAAAGAUGAAUGACGCAGAAGAGAGAGUCCUAGCUGAUUGGGAUCCGGAUACAGCGAACCAACUUCUCCAAGAGGCAUUGGGGCAUUAUUCAAGUUCGUAG